AUGGCUUGGUGCGACCGUGGGGUUCAAAUGCUGCUGGCCACGGCGGGAGCUUUCGCAGCCUUCAGUCUCAUGACCAUCGCUAUAGGUACCGACUAUUGGCUUUACUCUCGGGCAUACAUCUGUAACGCCACCAACGUUACCACGGAUGAAAGUAAACCCAAAACUAAGGGCGAUCUUACACAUUCCGGCUUAUGGAGAAUCUGUUGCAUAGAAGGCAUCAAUAGUGGAGACUGCUACCGGAUCAAUCAUUUCCCAGAUGAUAAUGACUACGACACAGACAGCUCAGAAUACCUCCUACGUAUAGUGCGGGCGUCCAGUGUGUUCCCCAUCCUGAGCUCCAUCUUGCUGCUGCUGGGGGCGAUGUGUGUGGCGGUGGGCCGCAUGUACAGCCAGAGGAACAGCAUCCUGCUCAGCGCUGGCAUCCUCUUUGUAGCCGCAGGCCUAAGCAACAUCAUCGGGAUUAUCGUCUACAUCUCGAGCAACACGGGCGACCCCGGCGACAAGAAGGGCGAGGACAAGAAGAGCCAGUACAACUACGGCUGGUCUUUCUACUUCGGCGCGCUGUCCUUCAUCGUGGCCGAGAUGGUGGCCGUGCUGGCCGUCAACAUCUACAUCGAGAAGAACAAGGAGGUGAUCCGCCUGCACUCCCGCCACGCCUUCGUGCGCACGGCCUCCUCCUCCUCGCCCUACUCCCGCAUCCCCAGCUUCCGCUACCGCCGGCGGCCGUCGCGCGAGAGCUCCCACUCCACCGAGGCCUCCUCGCACGAGGCGUCGGUGGGGGGCGGGGGCGGCGGCGGAGGGGGCAGCGGAAGCGCGGGCGGCACGGCGCCCCUGGGGGACAUCUCCAUGUACACGCUGACCCGUGAGCACUCCCUCAAGGCGGGCACGGACAGCACCUACAGCCCGGAACACGACCCCGCCGCCUUCCUGCAGGUGCACAACUGCUUCCCCAACGACCUCAACGACACCCUCAACAGACGGACCACUCCUGUAUGA